GGUACGUAGAGUUUGUAUUAUCAUAACAUUACACAUCUAAAAUUCUCAAUGAGACUUCCUAACCCGCAAAGAGUUACUCCAGCUGCUCUCCACGUCAGACAACGACACCCGUGUGACUCAUUUCCACUCACAGUGCGGCAGAUGAUACCGGCGUCUACGGCAUAAUUAAUAUCCAGCCAUUAGUUAUUAUAUAAAAUGCCAUACUCCCUUCAAGUAUUCAAUGACACUGCCAGAGCAAAUACACAGGGGCUUAGUCACAAAUCGAGAAUAUGGCCUCACCACUCAUCAACCCAUCCCCCACGCUCAAUGCGUCGGAGCGUGUCAAAGCCUUGAUUCAUCGUCUCCACGCCAACUCUCUCGCCCAAGAAGCAGAGCUGAACAAGCCUGAUGGAGAAUUAUCGAAGCUCAAAGCCCUGAACGAGCAAGGUGCAGCAGGCGACGCCAAUGCACAGGGCGACUUCCAGCAGCAGUUCGACGACUUGAUGCGCGACAAGAUGAUAGCGCUCGAGCAGGACAAGGCCCUAUUCGUCUACCAUAUCUGCCGCACUAUAUCAGCUACGCGAGUCGUCGAGGCGGGAACCAGCUUUGGUCUUAGCACCAUCUACCUGGCCUUGGCUGUUGGGCAGAAUGCGGUGAAACUGGACCCGGAGCAGAGAAAAGCCGCCAAGGUCAUAGCAACAGAGUAUGAGCCUAGUAAGAUUGCCCUCGCGCGCCAGCACUGGCAGGAGGCUGGGGAUGAAGUUGAGCCCUGGAUCGAGCUACGCGAAGGCGACCUACGACAGACGCUGGCUUCUGACUUGCCAGCGGAGAUCGACUUUGUGCUUUUUGACAUCUGGACUCCCAUGGUACUACCGACUCUUCGCCUUUUGGAGUCUAACCUCAAAAAAGGUGCCGUGAUCGUGGCUGACAAUGUCACGUCGGCGGCGGACGGCUACGAAGAUUAUCAUAAUUACAUCGAGACGCAUCGAAAUGCGUAUCGAACGCUUGUUUUGCCUUACUCUGGCGGACUAGAGCUCACAGUGUACGACCCAUAAGCAGAUUGAAAUGGGGUACACAAGUAGUCAUGACGAACAGAAAACCUGAUCUUGGUGGCGUAUUUUAGUUAGCAUAGAUGAUUACCGUCUCUGACAGCUGCCGAAUGAGUUAGCUCUCGGUACGUUUUAGUCCUAAACGCUUACCCUCCAUGUAAAAUGACACUGCUAUUGGUGAACACAAUGCUGAUAAUGUAAGAAAUUCCUGACUGUUUUUUCGAGCUUGCCUCAUUGGGAUUUCUUAUUUGUCCAGUAUACUACAAAGAUCAUGAUAUUCAGAGAAAUAGGUCGGAGAUCGACUCCUCGAGAAUUAUAUGACUCCAAACCCAUCAUCCUCAUGUUUGUCUCGGCGUUGUCAUAGCUUUUGAAGGCUUAUAUUACUUUAAGAUCGUCUG